UACGUCAUGACGCUGGAGACAACCUUAUACUACUGCCCUAUUCCCAUCACAUAUACCAUUCAAUCAUGAUUCAAUAGUACUGGUACUGGGUCAUACCGGCUUGCCGCGUAGAACUUCAAAGCAAAGCAGACUUCGUAAAUCCUUGCGCUUUAGAAUCAUGAAUACGCUUUGCAUCAAUUAAAAUAGUUACAGUUCCUUCUGACACCUUCCUGGUCAAUACGUGGGCCAUAGUGCAAUAUCUAGCUGCCAAUUCUCUUUGGGGAGGAAGUUCCGGCUAUCAUCGAUCACACCCCGAAUGAAAUACAAUUAAAGGAAACAGAGGUGUAAAAAAAGAUGCACUUAAUCAAAAGCUCGACACAUGCAUCGAUCGUGCUGUAGGCCUAUACUUUGAACUCAUCAGCCGGGGUGAAUGUCAUGAGCGCUGCUCGCUCUUCUGGGAUAAAUACUUGAAAUAGUUUGAAUAGUUUUUUUCGUCAGAAGAUGAAAGUGACAAGAGUAUGUCCACCGUGGUUUAUUUUUACCACGCUUUCCAUUUCUCUUGUUAUAAACACCAUUUUCUUCAACCACAUUAGACUGGAAUCGGCAUCUCACAGUAUACUGCAUCGGGAUUAUAAAAGGGAUACGAACUUCUUAAUUAAAAAUGAUUCAUCUUUUCGCCCAGUCAUCGUAAAAGAUCUCCCAGGCGUUAAUGAAGAUCGUCCAACCAUCGUAGAAGAUCGCCAAGGUGUCCAUGAAGAUCGUCCAACCGUCGUAGAAGAUCGCCCAGGCGUUCAUGAAGAUCGUCCAACCGUCGUAGAAGAUCGCCAAGGUGUUGAGGAAAAUCGCCCAACCAUCAUAAAUGACCGCCCAGGCAGUGAGGGAGAUCGCCCAUUCGUCGGAAAUGAUCGUCCAGGCGUUGAUGAAGAUCGUCAAGCCACCGUCAAAGAUCAUCCAGGCGUUGAUGAAGAUCGUCCAGUCGCCGUCAAAAAUCGCACAGGCAUUGAGGAAAAUCGUCCAACCCUUGUAAAUGAUCGCCCAGGAUUUAAUGAAGAUCGUCCAGCCAUCGUCAAAGAUCGCCUAGGAGAUAUUGAAGAUCGUCCAGCAGUCGAUAAAGAUCCCCCGGAUGUUGAUGUUAUUCGUCCAGCCGUCGCAGGAGAAAAAUCAGACUUUGGUACAAACCUUUCAUCAGCCGUAGAAAAUCGUCCAGCCGUACUUAAAAACCAUCGAGAAGGGCAGGUCGUCGUAAAAGACAGCCUACCCGUCGCCAACGAUCGCUCAGCUGUGGAAUUAAACCACUCUACCACCGUCAUUGAACUAACGGAAAGCACCAAACUAGAGUCGCUUGUUAAAGCUACACAUCGUCAGAAAGUACGCAAGGAUGUCCUACGAAAAGCAUGCUCCGAUUUCAAACUGAAACCAUCAAGAAAGGGUAACCUGAGCCCAAAGGCUCUUGCCUCCUUCGAACAUACAAUGUUAUUUGAUAAGCACCGAUUGAUGUACUGUUAUGUGCCAAAGGCAGGAUGCACUAGCUUUAAGCAGGUUUUCCUCUCAUCCCACGGGAUCACACUGAGACGCAACGUAAGCAUCCACAAGACAUUCGAAGCUACUUUCAAGAACUUGAGUCAAACGAAACCAGCAUUAGCCAAUCGGAAAAUCAAGGAAUACAAUUAUUUUGUGUUUGUCCGCAAUCCCUUUACACGUUUACUGUCAGCGUUUCGCGAAAAAAUUGAGAAUAGGAACCCAGAAAACCGAACUGAUUGCCCUCUAUGCCACCUGAUAAUUUGGUUCCUUAGAGAUGAUGAUCCGCUAUUAUUGGACCGUAAGAACAGUUCUGAACCAUAUACCUUCGAAGAGUUCGUCCGGUACACCAUUGCCACUAAAAAACCAAACGAGCAUUGGAUGAAUCAGUAUCAGUUGUGUCACCCGUGUCAGGUCGAUUUCGAUUUCAUCGGGAAGUACGAAACCAUGCACGAGGAUGUAGAGGAUUUCUUAAUAUCGAAGACGAGCGAUUCUUUGCUAAAGUUCCCAGAAUCUGAUCCUUCAAAACCACGAACGCGUAGUUCUAAUGAUGAAAACAUGGUUAAGUACUACAGUUCUCUCCCAGAUGAUGUCUUUGUUAACCUUGUUCAUAGCUUGUACCGUGAUCUAAGAGUGUUCGGAUAUUCUAUACCGGAAGUUAUCAGGAGACCCAACCUGCGUCUUCCGGAAACCGUAGAGACUGGUUAAAAGAGUUAUCUUUAGUUUUCACUGCUGCUCAUCUGGAUCGAAGGAAAAAUCUUGGAAAUAAUUAAUUAAUAUCAAAAUCACAUGCAGUGACAUAACAUAGAACAAUGGCCACUUGCGUGGAUUUAUGGACCAGUUGAAUAUGCUAGGCCUACUGGGCAUCUUUAUAAAAAAUAAGCUUAUACAUCUAUAUAAAAAUGACAAAGCUUCCUAAAAUUAUCAUGUUUAGGAAAUGUGUUUGUUGUGUUGGGACGGGACGAAAUUUGAUUUAUCACAAAAAUAAUGAAUUAACAAAAUAUUAAAUGAAAGUUAUUUUUCAUUAAACCAUUUUGUGAAAAUCAAUAUUUUGUAUUCUUUCAGCUCAUAUUAUGGCACUUCUGAUAGUUUGUAGUAAGUUAUACAUUAAUGUAUAUAACGAUAUGUGUUUGCAUUUGAAGCAGAAUGAAGGACGCUAAUGCCAGAGGAGACAAUGGUCUGUAUUCUGAAAUCUGGUUUUACGAAGGUCAGGGUCUUACUCUGUGUUAAAAAUUAUGGGAAACCCCCAAAUUUCAAAAAAAAAAAUAAUUGAUAUCAUAUUCCUAACUUUACUUGGCUAUUUGCUCGUGUUUUAAUGAUGAAGAGGACUAUCCGAGUUCAGAUUAUGGGCCCUUGUUCUAUAUUAUAAAUUUAGACUACUUAGAUGUAUAAUAAAGCAGUUAAUGGGGAAAAGGAAAGUCUGAGAAAAGAGACAGAUGGGAGAUAAAGACAGACCUAGAUUAAUACAGAUCGAGACAGUGAGAGAGAGAGAGAGGGGGGAGAGAGAGAGGGGGGAGAGAGAGGGAGGGAAAAAAGGGGGCAAAAUGGAGUGGAUAAGGCGAGUCGAUCGAUACAGAAUUUUGGUGGUCGCGAAAGUGGCAUUUUUUUUCUCAAAAAUAUCAGUUUCACCACAAAAUUUUGAGAGUAAUGAGAAGAGUUAGUCAAAAUUAUAUGCACUAUUGGAUAGAGUAAAAAGUAAAUGUAACUCUUUCAUAUUGGUAAUUUGGUUUAUGUAAACAAUAUGGACAAAAAAAGUGAAUUUCGUGCCUGAAAACGGGUUUCAUAACAUGAUGCUAUUCCUCCUUUUUCUCUGGUCACUGUUGGAAAACUUCUUUUCUCGCCUUAGUAAUAUUUAUAUCAUCAUUACGCUAAAAGUAUGUAUUUCCUCAAUGUCAGUGCUAAAAUGUGGCACCUUUUAACCUGCUUAAGAUCGCACUAUUUUCACCAAGGUACAAGACGAGA